GGCGUCGCGACGCUCGCCGGCGCUCACUUGAAUCCUCGCCGCGUGUUCGUCGGGCGAUUCGCCUUGAAAGACCGUGUCCGAGAGACGAGAGACAGUGGGGAAGGAAGUUUCGGCCGGCUCGCGGCACGAACGCACAUCGAUCGCGGAUCGAUGCUACGCGCAAAAUCCAUGUCGUCACGACGAUCGAUCGAGACGCACGUGACCUACCUGUUCCUCCUCGAGCUAGAUCACGAUUGUCCGCACGUAUCCCGUGCGAAUACGUAAUGCUGCGCGAGAGUGCCGAGGGGAGCGAGUGAACACACGGACAGGACGUGGGUCGAAGGCGCGACGGCCGGAGGGACGUCGGGCGCGGAAAUGCCUCGGUGGAUUGUGGCCAUCGAGUGUCCGGUGAUUUAACGGCAGGGUUUCACCCCUUCGCGAGCUUCCGUCGGACACCCACCCCGGAUUGCGAGCCGGCCGAGCUGGCCCCGUGUACGCCUAUCGCCAAGGACGAUCGCGCGCUAUUGUUGAACGCGGAUUACGGUCUAGGACGAUCAAAUCGAUUGGAGUGGACGCGGUGAUCUCCAGCGACGAUCGUGGACGAUCGCGGACAUACACGCAAGAGCGCGCUCGAAAGGGACGCUCGAGGGUAGUGCUCGGGACUGCUUUUACCGGGAUUCCUGCUGAACUUCGAGUGACUCUGCCGACUGACUCUAACCGAAUCAUCGAUGUGCCAGCGCCGCGAAGCGACCCACGACCGUCGGUCGUCACGCCGUGAGGUGACAGUCGUCGCGUGCCGUUCGGAAAACCUGGCGCCGCCGACGCGUGCACGGAUAAUGGAAGUAAGAACUCGCGUUCGUGCGUCCGCGUGGAGCACUAAGGGUUGAAGUUUCGGAGUUCCGGUGGCCUACUUCGGCACUGUCCUCCGGACGGAGGGCGCGCGAGGAUGUCCGAAAGAUGACUGUAUACUGAGGAGGAGAGGGCGCAGUAGCUUUGAAGGUUGCUGCCGCCUCGGUUUGAUGGAAUGGAGAUGAACGGCACCGAAAGUAGCCUGAACGGCACCGAAGUUAAUCGUACUUCCGCGCCGAUUUUUACCAUCGGCACAGACUUCAUUACGCAAUGGAAGUUGAAGAGACAACGGGAGCGCCUAUGUCGAUUCGUAUAUAACAAAAUUUUGACAUCAGAAUGUACCCAGCUAAAUGGAACAUGGCCUGACCCGGAUGACCCGCGCUGGAACAGCGGUGAAUACGCGGAACUUCUACCCGACUGGUUCCCGACAAAUGCGACGAAUACCUCAACUUUUGGAAACGCAUCAACCUCGCCAACGUCGGAUGAAUCUCUCGUGCCCGUUUUGCCACCAUUUACGCUCUGGCAGACCGUACUGAUUGCUAUCUGCCUGGCGAUAUGCAUACUGCUAACUAUCGGCGGUAACAUCCUCGUUCUUCUGGCAUUCAUCGUAGAUAGAGCCAUCAGGCAACCGAGCAACUAUUUCAUCGCAUCAUUAGCUGCCACUGAUAUGCUUAUUGGCACCGUGUCGAUGCCGUUCUACACAGUCUACGUGUUAAUGGGGUAUUGGAAUCUGGGACCUCUCCUCUGCGAUCUAUGGCUGUCAGUAGACUAUACGGUAUGCCUUGUGUCCCAGUACACCGUUCUCCUGAUCACGAUCGAUCGUUUCUGCUCGGUGAAGAUAGCCGCGCAGUAUCGCGGCUGGCGGACGAAGCAACGCGUAAUCUGGAUGGUGACCAUCACCUGGAUCAUACCGGCGCUACUGUUUUUCAUCAGCAUCUUCGGCUGGGAGCAUUUCAUCGGUUACAGAGACCUACAACCAGGCCAGUGCGCGGUACAGUUCCUCAAGGAUCCGGUAUUCAAUACCGCGCUCAUAAUAGGAUAUUAUUGGACGACGCUGAUCGUUCUGUUCAUCCUUUACGGCGGCAUAUACAAAACCGCCUAUGACAUGCAAAAGAAAAGCGAGGCUAAGCAGCGCAAGAUGCAAUCGAUGGUCGCGCUGAGCGCCGGCGCGAUGUCCGGUAUGGCCGGCCGUGCCGCCGGUAUAGGUAUUUCUAAGACACAGAGCACCUUGCUGAGCCAGGAUAAACCGAAGAUCGGAGUGACUAUGAUGGAUGACAGUGUUACCAGCGGGGAUGCAGUGACCACGCAGAAAACGGCCACGAAGACCGGUGAUGGCACGACGGCGUCGGAUUCCGUAAACAAGAAUAUCACCGCGAAUAUCACAGUCGCGGAAACUGAGAAGUCUGAACGUUCUAGCAGUCCUAUCUUCGACUCCGACGAAGAGAGCACCACUGGUCCGGUGCAACAGGCCAAUGCUGUCAGAAAGCGAUCCUCGCUGGCAGGUCUGGUAGCGCAAUCCGGCGCUCUUCAGGUAUUCGCCACCAACGGGCGCUUGAACGGCAUCGUGCCGCUCAAGGUCGAGCUGAGUGUGCCAACGAGGAAACUAUUGCCGACGAGUCCUACGCGCGACACGGCGACGCAAAAAGCUCAAACACUGCCGAAGAUACAGGAGCUCAGUCUUCUGGACACCGACAAUCCCGUCGAGCCUGACAAGUCCAGCAGCCGGACGUUGACGCCAGAGCAAUCCUUGAAAUCGAACGACGCCGACGGCAAUCAGCAAUCGAUUGCCUCGGUCGAGGUGACGUCGCCCGCUCAACUUAAGCGAGCGUCGAUCAAUAGCAGUCAACAGAACAUCAUACCGCCGCCCAUGCAGUUCCAGAGCAGCCCGCCGAUAUCGGACAGCCCGACGACGUCCUCGUCGACCGACAGGCCCAGAUCGUUGGUCGUGCGCGCUCACGGUCACGGCACUUACGACAUCCUCACCGGUCUGGAUGGCGGCGAUUUGCGGUACAUGGACGAAAGCUCCAUCAUCGUCCCCAGUCCUUCUUACGAGAGUCCACCGUCUUCCUUCUCCUGCAGUCUGGCAAAUCCACUGUCGACGGCACCCCCGUCCCCCAUUUUAGGUAGCACCGUGACGGCGGGCACAAACACCCGUCUGCUACAAGCCGCUCUUAUCAGGGCGACGGCGCAGCAGGCUGGUACCAGUCAGCUCGCACAAAUCGCACAGAGCAAGCAACAUCAGCAUCAUCCUGCGAUGUCCAACGCAUCGAGUCAAACGCACCCGCCGCGCGUAUUUAUCACACAUCAGACGAACGUCGCGUCGCAGACAUCGCCCACCGUCAGCAAGGUACACACGGAGGUCUCCGUCAAUGCCGACGGAACGAAGCGUAAGCCGGUGACGACGGUGGUCACAACCACUGCUGCUAUGCCAAUAGAAUCGUCUACCAGCACGACGGAUCAGCCAACCAAGGCGAGCAGCAAUCUGCCGCAGAACUCGUCGUCCAGCAGCAUAAUACCGCUUGCCACCAAUAGCCAGGAAGCGAGGAAUCAGUCGAAAAAGAAGAAGGAAACGUCGGAUGGAGAGCAGAGCGGCUCCAGGCGCGACUUCGUCAAGUCUAUCGGGAAACGAUUGAAGGCCAAAACGCAGAAGAAAGACCUCACGGUAGGUCGGCAAAAAUCACGAACGGAAAAUAGGGCGCGUAAGGCCUUUCGCACGAUAUCUUUCAUCCUUGGGGCGUUCGUCGCUUGCUGGACACCUUAUCACGUGUUAGCACUGGUCGAGGGAUUCUGCGCGAAUCCACCGUGCACGAACGAGCAUCUCUUCAUGUUCUCAUACUUUCUGUGCUACGCUAACAGCCCUAUGAAUCCUUUCUGCUAUGCUCUGGCGAAUCAGCAGUUUAAGAAGACCUUCACGAGGAUACUGAGGGGUGAUUUUCAUAUGACAUAAAGUACCACGGAUCAUUCAACGGAAUAUCAUUUUGAUAACGUAGCUAACGUAAGCGACACAAACUGUUUCCUUUCUUUCGUUUCUUUUUCUUUUUACGAAGAAGAUGGCCUUCCAUAUUUAAUAUACCGAAUUACACUCACUUAUCGUAACUGUGGUGAACUCGGACAAUAAUAAAAUGAGAAUAAUAUUUUAAGACUCGCCGGCGAAGUCAGGUGUUACGCGCCUUUUGUACAUAAUACGCACUCGAGCCAAUCGAAAGUCAUUAUACUCAUAUUGUACAUACGCUGUACACACAUGUGUGAAUAUUUGUUAAUGUUAUGUGACCAGGACGCGCGCGUAUAACAGGUGUAUGUACACGUAGUAUUAGGCAAUUAAAUGUGUACUGUAAUAAUAAACACUUUGCUGAACCGGAGAUGCAUUCCUAAUAACUUGCGGUUCAUGGUCCAUAUCGUAGCGAGAGCUUGUGGGAUUUAACGCUGCGUGGGGAACGCGCGCGUUAUGGUUAAAGUAGUAAUUACGUAAUUUAGUAGUAAGUACUUAAUGUAAGCCGAACGAAGGUACAUCGUUCAUCACGAAAGACGAAAAGUGAAAAUAUUAAUUUAUAUAAGACAUUGAUAUCCGGCUGUAUAUUAUAAAACGUCGAUCGCGUUUCAAAUAAAGGACCAUCUCCUCUUAAUGUAAGCAGUAAUCGUGGAGCGUUUUCGUGUUGCAUUAUUAAUUCCUGGCGUAUUAAAAAUAUUUUAUAGGUUAUUUGACGUAUUAUUUCUUUUUUUUUUAUUUUUACAAACAACGAAUCAGCUUGAGGUAGCUCGCCUUCAUAGAAGUACCGGAAAAUUGACGAUCUUCUUACGGCUCUCUCGAUUGUGAAUCGGAAUAUACACUGCCUUGAGAUGGCCUAAUGUGCAGGCCUUUUCUCUUCGAAACAACGUUGUCUUUGUGACAACUGGUACUCUUCUUACAAACGAGCUUCCAUCAAUGUCUGAUUAACGUUAUAUUUGCAUUUAUAAUGACACGCAAAGAAUAUUUUAUUUUAAUACGUAUUUGAAAUUAAUUAUUUAGCUAAUAAUUUAAUUAUCUAUUUUUGUUCAAAUAAUUGUUUCUUACUUUGCUAAAAGCCUGGAUAUUUUUAUUAUUAGUAUUAACGUUUCAAAAUAUUUUAGAUACAUAUAUAUACAUUUAUAAUUUAUAUACUUUAAUAAAAGAGAUGUGCGUAUGUAAUAAUUAUUGUGACACAGAUGCGAAUAGGUAUUUGAAGUAACUAGCAGACUGUGAUUAUAAUUCAUGACAUCACGAAGCUUCGUUUCAGUAUUACUUGCCUUUAAAAAUAUUUUUUCUUGUAAUAUAAGACGCCUAAUUUUGUAAAUCCAUUUUUUAUCAAAUACAUGUGUAUCUCGCGAUUACUGCAAAAAGAAAAAUUCAAAUGGAUACAAGUAAUUGUUUACUUGUAAUAAGUAAUUCAUAUCGACAUAUCCCGUUAUAUUUUAAUAACAUUUAUAAAAGCAUCAUCUCUGUUAUCAUUGUUCACGGAUAAAUCAAAUACACAUUCACAUACACAGGCAAUUGCAGGAAAUCAAAAUUAUAAUUCCUAUUAAUUAGGAGAACUAAUUUACCCAAAACGUGUAUAAUUAUACCAAUUGAAGAUAGCUUCAAUGCUUGUGGUAUACAAGAGAUAAAUAGUUAAAUUAAUUAGUAAUUAAAGAAGUGAAAGAUUUACAUUUUUAUAUUUAUAUUAUAAAAGAAUUACAUAUAUUCCGAAAGAAAUUAUAUCAUUUCAAAUUAUUAUUUAUGUCAUCAUUUUACACACACACACAAACACACACACACAAUCAAUACAUAAUCAAUGAUAUUUAUAUACAAUAAAUUAAUCAAACCAUCAAUCAAACAUUAAAAUUGUUAAAUAUAAGAACUUACUUUCUUCAUCGAAUUACUUUUUAGUUGUAAUCAGUGCAUAUUUAAAAAAAGACAAUAUAUAUUCAAUUCAAUAUCAUCAAUAUAUCUUAGAAGCUUAAGAACAACUCUUAAUUAGAUGUUACUUAAAUAAAAUUCUGGAACUUUGCCAGUCUAAAUAAUUAACUUUUAGAAUUACGGACUUGUUAUAUGCUACGAAAUUAUAGACGGACAGAAAAGGUGCUUAAUUAAAUGAAUUCAUGUCAGAACCAUGACCCUCAAGUAAGACACAUGUUUUUUCUACCUGUUAUUUUUUUCUACAUUUUUAAAAUUUUUAUUUCUAUAUUUAUGUAGCAUAAAAUUAGAACGUCCAAUAAACAAAUAAAUCGUUUUUAGUUGCCGAUUAAUUAGAAGUAGCAAUUUUUUUAUUGUAUCAUAGAUUUUAUUACAUAAUUUUCUACCUUUAUAUACUUUGAUACAUAUACGAUUGCUUCGCUGGUAUAAAUUUCAUCUGAUAAUUCCGCUGUAACAUUUUAUCGCUAGAAAUGCGUCAUGUUCUUCCACAGAAAGUACAGAAUGUCCCAAGAAAUAAAAUAAAAAUUUAUUGAAAUCGCCAGAGGGGCAUUUUGGCACUUUGGAUAUCUUCCGAAAUUCACUGCCAAUAGCGAGAAUUAUCCUGUUUCUUCAUUAUUAUGCUAAAUAUAUCCAUCAGUUAUAUACGUUUUAGAUGUUAAGAUCAUCUUGACAUCAAAUAUGACAGACCUAAUUGUCCCGUUUAUCCGCGGGAACAUUAAUAGAGAGUUUCAAUUCGAUUUGAGCUUCUCUGCUCCUGCAUAAAUUAUUUAUUCGUAAAUGCAUAAGUUACGAUUAAUUUAUAUCUUUAAUCGUAAGUUUACGACGCUUGAAUAAAUUAGUGAUGUUUUGGAUUAUUGCUUUUCUAGCCUUAAAGAAUUUCGAGAUAUGCUCUUCUCUUGCGUUGCAUAUGCAAGGAUAGAACGAUACGCGAAAACAAUUUCAUGUUAAAAAGAAUGCGAGGAAAGAUUGUUGACAUAAUAAUCAAUAACGAAAAAGGAAAACGUUCCGCUUCUGUGUCUUGGCUAUUUAGAACGUAAUAUGUUGAGGUAUAUAAUGUUGGCGUCGUUAUGAGUAGUAAUAGGAUGUAGCGUAAAAUGAUUACACUGUGCUUCGUCAACAAAAAAUUCAACUUACAUCAGAAUAUUUCUGUGAACGCUGAAUUCUUCGAUACGAUCGAUGCGACAUAACGAUCGGUGUAAACAACAUUCCGCUUAACAAGACUUAAAUUCAAAGAUCAGCUUAACUGAUCGAAAAGGAAACGAUACGUCGCAGAUUUAAACUCGUAAUAAAUUUCUCUCUGUAUGAUAUGUAUUCUAUAUUUAAAUAUUUGAUAAGUAUGCGGGCACAAGUAGUAACGGUGCGCUUAUUGUACAGAGAUAACAGACUUUAUAGAAAAAAAAAAACUUAUUAAGCGCCAUGUAGCGUGUAUACAAAUAUGCAUAUAUAUGUAGCGUGAUGAUGGGUAGGCAGUAAAGCCUAUCCAUCUAAGCAGCUGCUUAGCGCUAAAAAGGGGAAGAAAACUGGUAGACGGUGCAAUAUCUAGCAAAUAAAUAUAAUUAACCCUAGGCAAUAGCAUGAUUAAAAGAAGCGCAGGUAAUAAAAAUAGCCGCGUAUGGAGCCUAUAAGAGACCGCAUAUAAAACGUAUUGUCUAGAUCAGCGAUCGUGGAGAAAGUAUAUAUUUGCGCAUUAUAUUUCCCUCCCAACAGUCAUGCUUUUAUUAUAGAUUACUCGUUGUAGGUCCGUGAAACAGAUGAUCAUCCAAAUUAUGCGCGACAGGUUGGAAAAUGUGUAUAUGAUUAAUGUAUAUUUUAUGCUCGAUCAAUUUCAAUUUAAUUCUAUCGUGGAAAAUUUAAAUAGCAAAUUCUUCGUCUGUAAACAAUACGCAUAAGGGGAAUAGGUUCUGUCAUAUGAUUUGCUGUUAUUUACUUGUACGGAUUCUAUGAAAAUGUGCCUCGAAUUCUUUGCACGUUUUGUGAAAAUAAUUGCUGUUGAAAUUAAAAUUGGAUGUACGCAGGCAUGUGAAUAUUAAACAAAAAAAAAUAAUACAAUUAAAGAGAAUUACUUUUUAAAAAUACAUAUUUCCAAUAUCUUAUAAUUCGUGCUUUUAUAACGUGCAUGCCAGGUAAAAAAUUAAUUAUGUAAUAUUAUUUUAAAUAUUUUACAAACACAGAAACAACGUGAGAUUAAAUUGAAAAUGUAAUUGCUAUUAAAUCAUAGACAAUAUAUCCUAUUCUGAUCAUCUUGAUUUUAAAAAUCCUCAAUAGUAUUCCUUUUAUUCUCCUUUGUACAUUUUUCUUUUUACUUACUUUGUUAUCUUCUACCAUUUAUCUUACUUCUUAUAGGUAUAUAGAUUAUGAACAGUAUAAUGUACGUUAUGUGAUAAUUAUACAAAUGCAUUAUGAUCUACUACUCUUAGAAUAAUGCAGUUGGUUCUGAUUAUGAGUAUAUGAUCGAUAUUUAGAAAAUAUAUUUGCCAUGCGUAACGUCAAAUGUCUACCGCAAAUUGGCAAUUUAAAUUAAUGUAUAUGUGAAUAAACUAAGGUUCGAAUGCAAUUGUGACAUAGAUGUUAUUAAGAGUAGCAAUCAAUUUUUAUUUAUAUUACAUCUCCAUGCAAGCUAUGCACGAAAGUGCAUAUGUAUACAUAAUGCGCGUCCUGAAGUAUAAAUAAUAUUUAAUUGCUGAAUUGUAAAAAUAAAUAUAAUAAAGUAAAACAAUGCAAUGUGAUAGGAAAA